CUAUGGUCCCCACCAUGGUCGCGUCGUCCCCACUUUUCGGCCGAGGGAAAAAAUAUGAGCGCGCUGCUUCCAACCCCAAGACCCCAAGUCCGAAUGAUUACAUAGACGCUGCCAUUCUUUUGCCUCGGUAGAGAUGAGAAUGUAAAUGCAAAAAAUAAUAUUCAAAAGACAUAUUCUAAUAUCAGUACACCGAUAAUGUAUAAAAAUAAUAAAACCGCAUGGGACUUUGUCACUCGAAAGUUGCGCUUCGAUUGUGGGGAUCGGAAAGUCGUUCAAGAUUCGACGUUCGACUAGAAUUAGAAAUUAGGAUGCUCGGGUACACUAAGGUGAACCAGGUACAGUGGUACUCGAGACGCGGGUAAUAAAGCCAGGUAGAACCACGUCAACUCUCGACUCACGGUAUAAACGGAUUUCAGUAUUCUAUUACAGCUUUCCAUUAUUGGCUUCGCUUCCUAGCAAAUUUUUCUGCACAUGGUUCGAUCCGUCGGUCGCGUAGACAGUCGCGUUUACGAUUCAAGAAACAAAUAGAAGAAAAAUGAAGGGUGUCAGGAAAAAAAGAAACAGAACCGUCAAGCAUUAUAGAACAUCGAUGUCGUGUUGACGUCCGUGUAGCUGAUUAGCUCUUUUGGUCGCACGUUCGGUCCAGCCACUGAACAUCUACUUGUCGUCAACAAUCCGUUACGUCCAACAUAACCUGAAGAAACCUCCUUGUAAUACCAAAGGCUCCAGCAGAGUCGGGGCAUCAACACGUCCGCGCCGAAUGUGCCAGAUAAGAUUUUCAUCCUCGUGACGGAUGCUAGACAGUCCUCACUGCUCUUCGGUUCAAAUUGCCGCGAGUUCCAGGCUCAGACAUAUAUGAUGUAAGGGAGUCGUUAGUAUGCUGGAUAAGCGGCGACUUCAUGCCUCGGGUUCGUCGCCAUGCACUCUGAUUUUCGUGGCCGUCUUGGCGUUGACUGGAUGCUUCUCGUUUUGGCUUCACAUAGACAGUUCCGGGUCGCCUUACAUCAACAGCGUCUCGGCGCCUGGAUACGUGCUAAUCCUACCCGGAAACACGACUCCGUCUCCGCAGCCGUACUUAUUGCACGAGCUUCCGUUCGGUGACAAGUCCACCCUGAUCGACAUAAAGGACUUUCGGUUCGUGAUCAAUCAUGAACCGUGCAACCGGACACACCCGUUGUUGCUGAUGCUGGUACACUCGUCACCCGAGAACUUUGUCAAGAGGAAUGUAGUCAGGGAGACCUGGGGUCAGCAAUCAUCGGAUGUCGCGCUUCUCUUUCUCGUCGGCUCGUCGAACGAGCAUCAAGCGAAGCUCGAGGAGGAGAAUAGGAGAUACAAUGAUUUGAUACAAGGCAACUUUCUCGAUGCCUACAGGAACAUGACUUACAAGCAUGUAAUGGCAUUGAAAUGGGCUACGUAUCAUUGUCCAAGUGCCAAAUAUAUACUAAAAUUAGACGACGAUGUUUUUGUUCAUAUACCCGCGUUGCUGGAUUUCUUAACGCGUGAUUUAUCGCCAUGGGGAGCUAGGCGGUUGAUACUUUGUGACCUCGUCUCCUGGAGCAACGUGAAGAGAUCCUGGCGCUCUAAAUGGAGGGUCUCCCCUCAGGAAUAUCCUGGUAGACAUUAUCCCGCGUACUGCGCCGGAUGGGCCAUACUCUAUUCGCCCGACAGCGUAUUCCUUUUAUAUCGCGAGGCGCAAAAAGAGCCGUACUUUUGGAUCGACGACGUUCACAUUACCGGGACAUUAGCUAGGAAAGUAAAUAUAACACAGACCUCUCUACAUUACUUGGUGCUAACUUACAAGAAUAUGCAGGAACUUCUGUCCAAACCGGGUUCGCGUAGGGAGUUUCUGUUCGGCCCUCCGGAUCUCACGGAGAACGAGAUAAGAGCCUUACAGAAUCUGGUCACCAAACCACGGCCUAGCAGCGAAAGCCUAUUAAACUGAGAUCCGCUUCGGUAUCUUCUCAAGUAUUGCAUCGUAUCAGAGCGAUAACGUGACUUAAUAUUCUUUAACACCUUUUAUUGCGUAGGUCGAUUCUCGUACGCGAAGAAUUUUGUUAGAUUGGAAUUAAAAGGGUAAAUUACAGUUCUACAAACUGGAGCUGUUAUCUCGCAAAAUUUGAAACAAUAGAUUAAUUUCGGAGGCAAGAUGAUAUAGACACAUCUUGGCAUUUGGUGCGACAGAAAGAAUUCCCUCGUGUAUUUUUCACUCUAUUCACUCACUUCUGUACAAGAUUCUCUUCAACGUGAGUGUUGAGUAUGUAUUUUGCACAGUAUUUUUAAGGGAGGUUUCUCCAGUAUUGAAUCGGAUACCUUUUAACGGUAUUAUAUUUUUUUAUCGUAACAACUUUUUUAUUAUGGAUUUUUCGGAAUUCGCUAUAUCUUCUCUUGACAAGUAUGUACUUUUAUUCAAACGAUCAUGUGAUUUUAUCACGAAUGGAUCAGCUUUGUGUGAAGCCCCAAGCGAAGAUCCAACAUUUAACGAAACGCAUUAUACUCAACGCACUUAUGAUAUUUUAUACUUUUUGUUCUGUAUUUACUUAUUACUAAUUCAAUUACUUUUAAGCGGUCGCUGUCAUUUAAAGGAAAGCAGAAAGCGCGUAGAUAAGCGGUUCGCACUGAUAUCACGUAAGAUCUAUUUUUCUUUGCGAAACGACGCGCGAAUGAAAGUAAAUUAAUCAUUUUGGGAUUAAACGUGAUUAAGAUCGGGGGGAAAAGGUUUAUAGGUAAAACAUUAUAUUAAAAAAUUUAAUAUAUCAGAUUGUUAUAUACAAAAGCCUCAGCAAAGCAAAUUAACAUUGUAAUUUAGCAGUAAGAAUAUUAACCCCAAAUCAAGGGUCCAUUCGCAAGAUUAGGAAGUCUUAAAACUAGUCGGAAAUUAUCAUUCUCGCAAGGUCGGACUUGGAUUCUACUUCUUUGAGAUUUCUUGUUCUACAUUAAAGACUUGAAACUUUGACUUAUGUAAUUUUAGAAUACUUAAUUUACAUUAUUAAUUCCUUAACAUAUUUGUGAGGAAAAGUCAAAAAUGCAUUCUUUUAAACAAUGAGUAUACAGAUUAUAUUUAAAAGCCGACCCUGUCGUAAAUAUCAUUGAAUCGUUGCUUCAGACGAUUCAAAUUGUUGAUGUUUCGAUGUCUUUUUGAGUUCCUUGAAUAACAUUUUUUAAAUGCAUGAAUCUACACGCACUGUACUUUGUACCGAUUUUUCGUAUUUGUCGUCGAUGCAACAUACCUCAGUAAUCGUAUACGUAUAUUAUAUACAUAUUUAUGUUUAAUUUUUGUAAUGGUAUCUCGUGUCGUCUUUUGUUUUCUUUUUGUGUAAUUUAUAAUACAACGAAUAAAACGAUUCGUAAAAAUUCGACCACGAUCGUAGGAGAGAAGAACGUUUUUUUGAACGGAACGUUUUUCUUUCUCUCAACGAUAUUUGACACGCUUGUUAUUCGUUUCACUGGUCAUCUAUAAAUCCUGAGUUGAUCAGUAUAUACUCAUAGCAUAAUAUAUGUACAAAAAUGUGGGCAAGUGUCUUCUCUAUCGUUGUCUGAUGUGAAUGAACGAUUUUUACUUAUUUAAAUUAUAGCAGUACACAUUUUUCGUCACGUUGUGUAGAAAAAUGGUAUGUUUCCACUAUGUAUCGUCGAAUGUUUCCGCAUAGUUGAUUGAGUAAAGUACUUAUAAUUUCAAUAAAAACUCAGAUUCUUUUAA